AUGGAGAAUGAUGUCUCGAGUGCACCAGAAUCCGACCAGAAAAAAGACCUCAGAUCGGCACCAGCCUGGUCUCCAUCCGAAGGCAGCUCCCAUCAGCAGUCCCCGUUGCUCUACUCUGCGGCUCCUCCAGCCUGGCAGGGCACAACCACCAGCGAGACUAGUCUUCUGAACCCCGAUCAAGAACCCGAUAAAGCGAUCCCAGCUAUCGAAUCUCACUGUCCCUCAACUUGGUCGAAUAUUCUCAGGAGCAGAUGGCUAAUGGUCGCAUGUCUCGUCUUCGGCAUCGCAGCAGCUGUUGGCCACGACACCCUCAACAAGUGCCUUUCGGGCAAAGAAGCAAAGAAUCAAAUCUGGUGGCUUCGGCUCGGGCAGUCUCUCGCUUUUAUCUCAAAAGCCAACUCUGCUAUUGCGGUCUCUCUGGCUUACCAACAAAUUGCCUGGACGUCUGUCGCGCAUCGGAGCUUCUCCGUGCAUGCAGUUGACUCGCUCUUUGGUGCGGCACACAACGCCAUUGAACUCCUCAACACUGAGGCUUGGAAGAAAUCAUGGUUUGCAAUGCUUCUCGCUCUUUACAUGUGGAUAUCGCCACUCGUGGUGAUCCUCACCUCGGCGACUCUAAACGUCGACAGUCAAGUGGAUAGGACAUGCUAUAAUGUCCGGACCCUCAACUUCGACCACGAGGCGAAGAAGAAGUGGACGCACCUGAGAAAGGCAGAAGGCGAUGAGAUACUGCAAGGUGGCAGAAUAUCAUGGUACAACGAUACAUUGCCAGAUGAGGAUGGUCCUGAUGUCUUUGACUUUUGGAUCAGCCCAAGUGCUUUCCUCGAAGAGAUUGCAUCCAGAGUUCUGACAGGGGGACAGGCACUGCAGCGAGACGAAGUUACUGAUGAAAUCUGUGGGGAAGGGUAUGAUUGCUCAACGGUGAUCUACUUCACUGGCCCAGGUUACAAGUGUGAAAGACUCGCCAACGGCACCAACUCGAUGGUCAAACAGUUUAACGGCAUGGAUGCCCCGUUCAACAUGAGCAGGAUGAUUCCUGAGGGAUGGAAUACUUACAAUUGUGUCGCCGACAUUGGAGACUACUCUGAACUCCAGAUCGAGCACGAGAAAUAUUUCAACAGACCUUUGCAGACCCUUCCAUUCCCCAAGAAUCUCGGCGCUUUCAGAACAGAGCCAAUCAUAUGGCUAGGCUACGUCACCGUCGACGACGUCCUGGUCAGACACGCCGAAAACAGCAGCCAAAAAGGAUGGGACACGGAUUUUACACCCAUCAUUUCGGCUUGCGAGCACUGGGAGAUCAAUUACACAGUCAACCUGACAUACACGCGGGGCUUCCAGUCGUACAACGUUACGAAUCGGGAGUAUCUGCACAAGGUCAUCAAUACGACAUACGUGGAUGACUCAGCUGACGACGGGACGUUGGACAAGAUUGUCGCGGAACCACAAGAGAACUACGUAUAUCCUAAAGACUGGAAGGCUUAUCAACGCAUUGCAGCGUUUCACUCGCUGGGGCUGAAAUUACGACAAUUGCUGCACGGAGGCUUGUCGCUUCCCGAUAAAGGGAAGAGUACCGAGAUCAUGACGUCGAAGUUGGUCGGACGGCAUGAGUUUCUGCCUGUCCCUAAUUUUGAGAACCAAAUACAGAGGUUGUACGAGAAUUUGAUAAUUUCGUUGUUAUCGGAUACACAGUUACUUAUGGUGUCGUGGGCAGCGAAUCCGGAUGAACCAUCUGGAACACGGCCUAUGAGGAAUGGGACAGAAUAUCCCUGCAUCAGAAGAACAACAGCUGGGUUCUUCUUUUAUCGGAGACAUAUUCUUGUCAGUGUGUAUGCUGUUUCGUUUGUCAUUGUAGCUAUUGGCGUGGCGUACGGGAUGAAAGCUAUGAGGCAGGAUGGAGUCGAAGAGUUGCGGGAGGUUACAUUUUCGUCAAUUGCAGUCGCAACUAAGAGCGUGAGCUUGAAGAAUAAUAGGAGAGAUCAUAAGAUCAGAGCGUGGCUGGUUGAGGACGAGCAUGAGGGUAGAGUGUAUGAGUUCAGGAAUGAGGAAGACACAGAACGUAAGAGGAGUGCUGGAGCCAUGGGGAGUGUCUGA